CACGUGGUGUGACCAGCCUAAUGCCGUUUCCCAAGCUGCUACUGAGAAGAAGACUGUGGGUUGGUUUCCUAUGUACAGCACUAUUUUGCGGGGUCUACGUGUACGUUCACUUCGUCAAGGUAAGCUCCCAUGCGCGGCGCCUAUUUAUCCGUGACGUAAUGAUUUUCACACAAAGCCACCGAAAGAUGACGUCACCCCGAGCCCACUCCCCGUGUUCCACUGGCUCCCCGUGGCAAACACCACGACUCUGAAUGCCUGUCGUAACUCUCAACAAGGCUACUUCACAGUUGUAGACGAACUAGGUGACACUCCUUCGUCCUCUAAUCCAUCUUUUGACCCCCUUCCCCUCCCUCUCUUUUCCUUCUCCCCCCAAUCCCGCACUCUCUUUCGUCACACUGGCACUGUUGUACUAAGUGUACUGAACACCUAAGUCAUUAGGCCGGAGUUUGAUGCUUUUUUGCCACUUUCAAACUCUGCCACCCAUUCUUUCAGGCUACCUGUGCAGGUGGCCUGACCUCCUGCCCUCAGGCUGCUGUACUGUCCAGAACUCCAGGCGAUACGAGUGUGCCUCGUGCCUCACCAGUGGCUGCUGUGUCCACUACGAACACUGCGUUUCAUGCUGUCUGCAUCCCGACAAGCAACCUCUGCUGCGCAGCAUCUUGAGUCGCUCGACGGAGACGUUUAACCCUCUCUACUCCUCCCUCCGAGACCAGUUCGAGCUCUGCCUCUCCAAGUGCCGGACCUCCUCCCUUAGCGUCAAACACGAAAACACUUAUCGCAAUCCCAAAACAAAGUACUGCUAUGGAGCAGAUUCCACUACCAUCCUCCCCGACAUGAGACCAGAGAAUGAUGCAGUGUAAGUCGGAAUCACAGUGUGUGCAGCUUCAAGGGCAGAAGAUGCACAGUUCCCAGCACAGCUAGACCACCACCUCUGUUUCUGGCCCCCACUCACCUGGCUGGGCAAGCAGCCCUGCACUACAGCUCUGCCACAGACUAAUUCUUGUAGUAGGUAGUAGUACAAACAGACCAGCAGACAAAUUGGGUGGUGUGUGUUGAUCUCUCCAUCUGUCCAUUACUUUGAAAAAUCACCUGACCAGAUCCCCAGGUGACAUAUAUACCUAGCAUGUGCCCAUGAAUGUAUUGUCAGGAGCUCAGUAGUGUAUAUAUAUCUAGCU